AGUGUGUAACAGAUGCCCGGCGGCUGUGGCAGCUGAGUGGAGUGGAGCGGCAUGGCCACCAGACCUCAGCCGUUGGGCAUGGAGCCCGAGGGAUCAGCAGACCCGCUCCACGGGCCUCAGGGGGCCGGAGGGCAGCGUAUGAUCACACAGAGAAUUGAAGGCUUGAUGGGAAUGGUGAAAAAGUUGCAGAAAGUGGGAAAUCUAGAGCCCCGGAUUGAGGUCCUGAUUAAUCGAAUUAAUGAGGUUCAGCAAGCAAAAAAGAAAGCCAGUGAGGAGCUUGGAGAAGCCCAAACUGUCUGGGAUACCCUGCAGAAGGACCUGGACUCAUUACAUGAAGAGAAAGUACGUCUGAAGGAUAUCUUGAACAAAAAGCAAGAGACCCUGAGGAUUAUUCGGCUGCAGUGCCAAGAGAAGGAAAGUGAGGCACAAAGGAAGCAUGGCAUGUUACAGGAGUGUAAAGAGAGAAUUUCUUUCCUGAACUCUCAGAUUGACAAGGAGAAGGAAAAACUAAGACAGCUGAGGUUGAAUUUUGAAGAACAGCUGGAGACUUUGAUGAGCCAGCACAAGGACCUCUUGGAAUUUCAUAAGCCUGAACAUCUGGCCGAGGAGACCUGUACUUUGGACAGCAGUAAGGAGCAGCUGCUCAAAGAAGAGAAACUGAUUGAAGUAAAGCUGGAGGAUGUGAAACAUCGGCUGUCUGCCCUGUGUGGGCCUGAGAGGUCUUCUACCCUUACUGAGGGGCUCUUCCUCCGAAGCCAUGAGGCAGCUGCAGCAAUGCAGCUGUUCAAAGACGAGAACAAGAAAGCUGAGGAGCUCCUAGAGGCUGCAGCUCAGCACCACCAGCAACUGCAGCAGAGGUGCCAACAGCUACAGCAGAAACGGCAGAGGCUGAAAGAAGAACUGGAAAAGCAUGGGGUACAGAUCCUUGCUCAAGUUCAGAGUAUGCAAGAUGAAGCAGACAACUCAUGGAGGAUGGCCAGUCCCAAGCCCCUAGGAGUCCAUGAGGAGAAAGAGCAAGAGUGUCCACCGAGCAGGACCUGAUACCCUCUUUGACCUGGAAGACAUACCGACCCCGAACUCAUCAUAUGGGGCUGUUUGAAACAGAGGGGCCAUUUUGUAUAGUUUGCUUUGUCUGAGUAUAUGCUGGGUAUAA